CACAGUUCUGCGCAGGACAUACCUAACUUGAUGAAGACAACAGUGGCUGGGUCAAACUUGAUGGUAGCAGCUACUCUACAUCCCUCACAAGCUACAGAUACAGCAGCUGAAUCAUGGGAAUUCAAGGAUUGCUCCAGUUUCUAAAGGAUGCAUCUGAGUCUGUCCACAUGAAGAAGUAUAAAGGGCAGACCGUUGCUGUGGACACCUAUUGCUGGCUGCAUAAAGGGGCUUUUGCUUGUGCGGAAAAAUUGGCUAAAGGAGAGCCAACUGACCAGUAUGUUGCUUACUGUAUGAAGUUUGUUCAUAUGCUUCUGAUGAACGGGGUCAAACCAAUACUUGUAUUUGAUGGAUGCACAUUGCCUUCCAAAAAAGAUGUUGAAAAAGCAAGACGAGAGAAGCGGCAGACUAAUUUGCAAAAGGGGAAACAGCUGCUGCGAGAAGGCAAAUUAUCGGAAGCCCGAGAUUGUUUUUCACGCUCCAUUAACGUAACCUCUGCAAUGGCACAUGAAGUUAUUAAAACUGCUCGCGCAGAAGGCGUGGACUGCAUUGUUGCUCCCUAUGAAGCGGAUUCCCAGCUGGCGUACUUAAAUAAAAAUGGUUUUGCUCAAGCGAUUAUUACUGAAGAUUCUGAUCUGCUGGCGUUUGGUUGUAAAAAGGUGAUUUUAAAAUUAGAUAAGUUCGGGAACGGUCUAGAAAUCGACCAGGCACGGCUGGGAAUGUGUAAACAGCUUGGGGACGUAUUCACGGAAGAAAAAUUUCGUUAUAUGUGCAUUCUGUCUGGCUGUGAUUAUCUUCCUUCUAUUCAUGGCAUUGGUCUGGCUAAAGCUUGUAAACUUAUAAAAACUGCAAACAACCCUGAUAUUCUAAAGGUCAUAAAGAAAAUUGGGCAGUACUUGAAAAUGAAUAUUACAGUUCCCGAUGGGUAUAUAGAUGGAUUUGUCCGUGCCAAUAAUACAUUCCUUUACCAACUGGUAUUUGACCCUGUGAACAGGAAAUUGAUUCCUCUGAAUCCGUACGAUAAUGACGUUCAACCUGAAGAAUUGGAUUAUGCUGGACCAAACAUUGGUGAUUCGGCUGCUUUGCAGAUUGCUCUUGGAAACGCUGACGUUAACACCAUGGAACAGAUUGAUUUUUACAAUCCAGAUGAUCCACAGCCUUCCAAACAACGGAGCCAAAGUUGGAAAAGCAAAGACAUUGCGCCUGCGGAGAGCAUUUGGAAAAGGAAUUACACGCCAUCAAAAUAUGUGGCAACGGAAAGGAAACAAAGUGAGGACAAUAACAGCCCCCGCGGGUUAAUUCUCCCAAGCAGUAAGACUGCAAAAAGACCUCAUGAUGGUGGCAUGUCAGACUCUGAUAUCUUUAGCCAGUAUUCAUUUUCUAAAAACAAGAAAGCCAAACAUGAGCCGGAUAAUCUUUUAACUCAACUGAAGAGUAUCAGCCCAACUAAAAUCUUACAGCCAUUAGAAGAUUGUUCCAAUAAUAAGGCGCAGAAUUCGCAGCCAAAUGUCCGGAAUAAAUUUGCUACCUUGUUGCAGAGAAGAAGUGAGGAAGGGGGUUCGGUGUCUGCCAUGGGGACGAGGAGCAGAUUUUUCUACAAGCCACCCGACCAAUCCAGUUCUUUGAUGGGUGAAACAGAACAGUCCGAAAGUGACAAUGUUGACAGUGGCACAAAGAUAAUCGAGAUUGACAGUGAAACUGAAGCAAUAAAGGAGGAGUUUGAUGUAAAGACUGAGAAGGAGCUGCGUACCUCUCCAGUGUCAGAGGACUGUAGACUGUCUUUACAGGCAGCUCCUGUAUCUAGCCCAAAAGGCUGUUUCAGCUGGUCUGGGAGUCUGACCACAGGCAGCUCCAAGGCUCUCACUGUCUCUCCAUCUCUGCUGUCUCUUAGAAAGUUUCAAAGAGUGAAGCCUUGCUUAGAACCCAACACAGAGAGAGAUAAGACAGAUUGUCCCAAAAGAUCGGAUAAUACAGUGUUCAGUAUAGAUUCAAGUCCUUCAGAAACACAAGAUGUUGUGGAAAGUGGAGACUCUAGCUCAGAGGAGCUGGACAACUCUUUGGAGACUCCCUGCAAAUUCACUCUGAAAACAUCUCCUCCCGAACGGAAGAUUAUCACAUCUAACAGCAAGGUUUCUGGACUCCUUAAAUCAAAGACUACGUCUUCUGGGUUUGGGAAAAAAGUGAAGCCAACUGCACCUGCCAAAGCCAGUGGCCUGAGCAGCCGUGGCCGCACAAAAGCUACUCAUAAUAAUGAGAAUAAGCCGGCACUGCAAGCCACAAUUAAUGACUUGUGGAAGAACUUCAGCUUUAAGAAGUGAGCUUCCCUCUGAACCAAGGUCUGUGUUCAAUGACCGAUUUCACUGGAAAAGAGGACAGGAGGCAUUUCUUCAGACUGUUACUCUCCCACAGCACUGUGAUUGGUCCCUAAACCAUGAAUUUUAGUAAAAUGGAAACUAAAUUGCAAAAUUUAGGCUGAAGUAGCCAUGGUGUAAAUAUAGCAGAAUUCUAACAUUUUUGCAUACAUUUUGCAGUUUCGUCUCCUUUUCAUUAGUGUUUAGUGAAU